AGGUCUCAGACAGCCUGGGUUCCAGCCAGUCUGAGCUGAGCUUUCACAAAUGACGCAGCUGGAGCACCAGGAAGCUGGGGUAUGUGACAAUGCGGAAAUGCAUAUGCAUAUCAUUUGGUGGCCCAUAUUGUGAAAACUAGCAAAAGGAAGUGUGUUCUGCCGCUGCCCAAAGUCAGCCCCAGAAAGAAGUUCGAGUGUCCUCAGGGGCAGAACCUCCUGAACUGCUCUACUUCAAAUCUGCUGGGUAAGAAGAAGACUUUCAGUGAAUUCUCCCAGCCCUGGACAGCCAGUUUAGACCCUUGGAACUUGGCCAGCAGGGAGCAGACAUUCAUUCACCAUCCUCAGCACCAUCCCCAGUGUCUCUGGGCAUCUGGAAGCCUGCCUUUCCCUGUCUUGCCCUAUAUCCAGCUGGCCCCUCCAUAGAGCUCAGAGACUUCGGCUUUGAGGAUGGAAUCAGGAGAGGGGGCCUCAACAGCACCAGCUCCUGUUGUCACCCUGGGAAGUCCAGACUCUGGGCCUGGCUGUCCCUCCCUGGAGCUGCCCAGCAUAGACCUGGGGAAGCUCCAAGUGCUUCCCACUGGGCCUGGAGUCCACCAUGAGGACCAUGCCACUAGGAGUCCUGGUGGCCAGGCCGCUGAGGGGAACAGCGUCCCAGACAACACUAAGAUUCCUAACAGAGACAGCGGGAUCGACAGCCCAUCCUGCAGCAUUGCCAGUGAGCACUUCCCCUGCAAGGAGGGCAGUGAGGCAGGCCUGGGCUCCACCAUCCUGGGACUAUGCCCAGAGAUGACACCAGACAGCAAGAUCCCCCAGAAGGAGGCUGACAGUGAUGUGGACAGGAACAGCAGCGAGGAGCCUAAGCCAAAGAACAGCCCCGCAAGGGCCCAUGCAGACCCAGCCAAGUGCCCUAAGCCCCAGGAGCUGCUCCACAUUGCCCAGGAACUUCUGCACACCGAGGAGACCUACGUGAGGCGGCUGCACCUGCUAGACCAGGUUUUCUGCACCCAGCUGACAGAAGCAGGAAUUCCUCUGGAAGUCACCAUAGGCAUAUUCUCUAACAUCUCCUCCAUCUAUCGCUUCCAUGGACAGUUCCUCCUGCCCGAGCUACAGACAAGGAUCACAGAAGAAUGGGACAUGAACCCUCGGUUUGGGGACAUCCUGCAGAAGCUGGCCCCCUUCCUCAAGAUGUAUGGUGAAUAUGUCAAAAACUUUGAUCGGGCUGUGCAGCUGGUGAGUGCCUGGACCCAGCGUUCACCACUGUUCAGAGACAUCAUCCACAGCAUCCAGAAGCAGGAGGUAUGCGGGAACCUGACACUGCAGCACCACAUGCUGGAGCCUGUGCAGAGGGUCCCCCGCUAUGAACUGCUGCUCAAGGACUAUGUGAAGCAUCUCCCAGCUGAUGCCCCAGACCGGAGGGAUGCGGAAAGGUCCUUGGAGCUCAUCUCCACUGCUGCUAACCACUCCAAUGCUGCAAUUCGAAAAAUGGAGAAAAUGCAUAAACUCUUGGAAGUGUAUGAGCAACUGGGUGGGGAGGAGGACAUUGUCAACCCUGCCAAUGAGCUGAUCAAGGAGGGCCACAUCCAGAAGCUAUCCGCCAAGAAUGGCACAGCUCAGGACCGCCACCUCUUCCUGUUCAACAGCAUGAUCCUUUACUGUGUGCCCAAACUGUGGCUCAUGGGCCAGAAGUUCAGUGUUCGGGAGAAGAUAGACAUUUCAGAUCUCCAGGUGCAGGAUAUCAGCAAGCCACACUCACCCCAUACAUUCAUCAUAACAGGAAGGAAAAGGUCCCUGGAGCUACAAACCCGGACAGAAGAGGAGAAGAAAGAAUGGAUUCAGGUGAAGCUCCUAAAGUCAUUGGAGGCCACUAUUGAGAAGCACAAACAUACGCGCCAAACCUUCAAGGCCUUCAGCCAGGAUGAGGACUCCUCCCUCCCUCCAGACCUACCUAUGGUAAGUGCCAGCUCUGAGGAACCUGCGAUGGUGGUGGACAGUAGAGGGAGUGCCGCAGGGCUCGAGUCCAGGAAAGGGUCCUCUAAGACCAGGCGUGACAAAGAAAAACAGAGCUGCAGGAUCUGUGGAGAGACCUUCAACUCCAUCACUAAGAGGAGGCACCACUGCAAGUCAUGUGGGGUGGUCAUCUGUGGGAAGUGCUCCGAGUUCAAGGCAGAGAAUAGCAGGCAGAGCCGAGUUUGCAGAGAGUGUUUUCUGACACAGCCAGUGGCACCUGCAAGCCCCAGCCCCGAGGGGCCCACUGAACCCAAGGAAAGCAUGGAGGUGGGACAGUGGGCCACCAUAUACCAUCCCCUCUCUGGCUGCACAGUGAAUGCACUGAACCUGGCACAGAGGCCAGACGCCGGCACGUUUGGCAGCUGCAGCAGGCCCAGCAGUCCUUGUGCUCAAGUAUCCCAUCCACCAAGCUGCAGCAGUGGUAGUUGGAGGCCCUGAGCACAAUCAUCAUGGGGUCCUGCCCCGGGCUAGCCCAGGAGUCCUGAAGCCCCAGGCCCCAGCAGCCCUAUGAGCUGAGUCUUGGCCAGAUCUCUGGCCCUACAGCCAUCACAGCAGGGCCUGUGCUCAUCUGGGAGGUGGCUGUGGAGGCCAUGUACAGAGGUGAAGUGUGCCCCAACUGCCAGAGGACUCUUGGCCCUGCAGGGUGCCUCUGCUUCAAGAGAAGGAAACUGAGGCAUAGAGAGGGGUGGUCACCUGUCCUGGGACACCUAACACUUCUCAGAGAAGAGCCCAGCCUCUACUCUUAGGCCCAGCAGUGUGGCUCAGAGAGGGAUGCAGGGCAACUGUCAAGUGAACCCUGUCUGGUGGGGUGAGGAGGCUUUCAAAGGCAGAAGAAACAUCAUUGAUGGUGCCCAGGGACACCUGGUGGACAUCUGCAGUUGUGCCGUCUUUCCAGGUCACUGUCUGCCUGUCUACCCCAUCAAUACUAUGUGAGUUGAGCUGUGACCGGUCCCCAGACUCUAUCUCCUCUUCUGCCCACUCCUGGCUACCAAGCACCUCAUUGCCCCCACAUUGCCUUGAAGCCACCAUCCCAUGUGGAACCACUCACAGGACAGGGCGAGUGGUGUUCCUGGGCUAACCAGGAGGGACAACCUCAUCAAGAAACUCAGUGGGAGGCCCCCUCAGUGUUAUAUGGGUGCCUGAGAGUAAUGCCUGGAGGGCAGUGGGCACUGCUUAUCUGCUUAAAUAAAUAUUGGCAGUCAGGAGAUGAGCAUGACCUCAGUGUAGGGCCCUACCAGUUGGGCCUUCUGGUGGUUGGGUGGUGGGUGAGGGUGAAAGAAGGGCACAGUGACCCAGGCUUGGGUGGGUGCAAUGAGUGGGGAGGAGACAGGGUCCCAUAUCCUCAGCAGGUGUUGACUCAGACCCCUGCAACAGGUAUCCAGAGGCCAGCAGCCAAGGCAAUGUGGGGACUCCCCACCAACUGUCUCCAUGCAGUCAGGACCUGUGUAGCUAGUGCUUCCAGCUUUUCAAGAGAUGAAAGAAACACAGAUGUUCCUAUGAAAUUCCUGAAAGAUGUUAUCAAAUAUUGCAAAAUCUGAUCUUGGGGUGGGCAGCUACUUGGCAGUUAGAAAUUGGGGACAGAGUAUGCCCCCAGGGUGGACCCUCAGCCCAAGGGCCUGAGCCCGUGGGCAGCCAAGAUCUGAGCUCAUUUUGGCCACAGGCUGUCCCCACUUUUUCCAAAAGUGGAAGCUGAGGCUCAGAGGUAGAGGAGGGAUUCAUCUACACAGAGAUCUGUGCUACACCCUUUUGGGGGCUGACCUUCCUAGGAUCUGUCCCCAGGGAUCUCUGGUUGAAGGCAUCUGCCUUGUCCCACUGCCACUGGGCAGGAAGGGCUGUGAAGAGUGGAUUUCCCUUCCUGGGGCUCCACAUACUGCUGACCCUCUCAGCUCUCGCUCAUUCUGCACUUGCAGGAGUCAGGGACUUAAGGCAGUGGCCUUUUGUGCCCCCAGAGGCUGCUGCCUGCCUAGCCUGUAGGCCAGGCAACUCUGAUAACAGAUCCAGGGACUGUGGUUGGAGUACAGUAUGAACCUGAGCAGAAGAGUUUCCACGGUGGCAAAAAUAGAGAUAAAAGAAAGGAGAAAAUGAGGUAGUAGGUGAAUGGUGGCUCUUUGGCAGAAGUUCCUACAUGGUGGUUGGAGCCCAGGCUUCUGUCAUGGGUUCCAGAGUGGCUGUUGACUGCUCUACCAGGGUAAAACACAUCCCCACUAGGCCCAGAGUGGGUGUUGGUAAUGGCACCCACAGUCCUGGGAAAAGGAAGGAGCCAGCCUCCACAUGGACCUGCAGCAGCCAGGCACCUAGCCCAGCCACCCACUAAAAAGAAUUAUGACCCAGAGAGCACCUUAGCAGUAGUGAUACUGAGGCACGGAGAGGGAAAUACAAUUGCCCGAGAUUACACAGUAACUUAGGGACCCUGCAGGAAUCACUUGUCCACUGUUCAUCUAUUUGUUCACGCAGCAGGCACUGGGAGGCCAAUCCCUUGGAUUUCUGGGACUGGAGGCUUGGGUGAUACCCUGUAGCCUCUGGCCCACCACGCUUCCAGCCCAUUUUCUCCUGCUUCUCUCCCCAUGGGCUCUGGUGAGUGGGCCUUCAGAACACACCAGCUCCUUGCCAUGUUGGGGCCCUUGCACAUACUGUUCUUUCACUCUUCCUAUAGGCCUUUGCAAGACUGCUCAGUGCCAUCUCCACAGAGAGCCCUUGCCCCAAUCUCUCUACUUUGUGUUUGGGUAUUUGCCUUCUUGUGUAACAUCCCCCCAUCUAGUUCUGAGGGCAGGAUGCAGCACCUAUAACAGUGCCUGGCAUGUAGAAGGUGCUCAGAUAAUAUCUGCCAGCCACCUUGUGUGGCCCCUGAUCACUUUGGGCCUGGAAUCCUCAUUUUACAGAUGGGAAAAUCAAGGCUCAGAAAAAAGUGGUGGCUGCCUGGGGUUGUAAAGGUUCAGUGCUCUCUUGACUCCCCAAGGUCUCCAGGUUUCAGGGACCCAGAGCCAGUUUUUCCUUAGACAUCUGGUCCCAUUGCAGAGAUCAGCACAAUGAGACCCAGAGGAGCUGCAUGCCCCAGAACACUAGCGGAGGGGCAUUUGGACACAGGUGGGUUCAACUUGCAGCUAUGCCCACUCACAACCCUCUCAGGGGACAGUGGGUCACCACUAUGCACAAUGAGGUGGCAAGAUGAGCCCCCUAAAGUCCCAACUUACCUGCAGCCCCAGGACCCAGGCCAUGGGGCUCAAAUCCUCACCCCUAUUCAAGGAGCCUCUCUAGUUCUUGGAUCUGAUGAUGCCUGGGAAUCCAAGUUCUUCUGAGAAACCAGUCCUGAUGCUGAAAAUUCAGGGAGGAAGGAAGGCUUGCUUUGCCCCAGAGGUGCUUGGAAUGUGUCUGCAGAUAUGAUCCUACUGGAUGAUCCCUCUGGGGAGGGCCAGCUGCCAACUGUGAGUCCUGAGGGGCUCCAGGUUGUCCCAAGAGGUCCCAGGUGAUCCCUGGAUGUUUUAUCCUAGGUGGCUCCCAGAGGCUCCAGUUGGUCCUUGAGAGGCUCUAGAUGAUCCCAAGGGAUUUUAGGUAGUUCUUGAGGGGCACAAGGUUAUCCCCGGUUGUUCCAGUGAUCCUGAGGGGCUCCAGGUAGUUCUGAAAAGGCCUGCCAUUCCUUUUUCACACUCUCUCCCACCAAGACCGCUUUCCCAUUUACAAGGGGGAAGUAUGAAGGUUGGGGGUGAGGGAUGGUCCAGGGGGUGGGAAGGAGCAAGGCAGGCAUGGGGAAAAGCCCCACCUCACAUUCUGCACAUGUCCUCCUGGCUACCCACCCUUAUCUCUAACCAGAUUGACCUCUGGUGUCAGCAUCCUGCUUAUAAGUGCAAAGUUCUGAUGGAGGCCCCUUGAGCUGGGAAGGCAUGGUCUUUUGCCACCUGUGCCACCUUCUGACUUUUGGGUUUCUUUCUCUUGAAGCCCAGGUGUGCUCACGCCCCUGCCUGCUGUGUCUCAGUGGCAUCCCUGGUGGGAGUAUCUCAGGGAUCCUUGAGAGAGUGGCACACCCAUGCUUUUCCCUUAGCCCUGUCCCACAGUCCCAAUGCCCACACCCCACCCUAUCCCUCCCUAACCUUCCCUAUCCCUGCCCCAUGCUGGCCCCAAGCCAGACUCGGUCCUGUCUGACCAGCAGGGGCAAAGACAUCAGGCUGUGCCUGGGAAAUUUCUUGCAGAGGAGAGGAGCUGGCAGCUGGGGUGAGUCAUCAGACCCCAGAGAUCCUGAAAAAGAGAAGAACCUCACCUCAGCCUCCUGUGUCACAGGCUGUUGGCCAGCUUUCCAACUCUCUGCACCAAGUUUGGUCCAGAUUGCCCAUAUGACCCAAGACAUCCCCCAGGCACAGUCGAUAGACCAAGCCAGCACAGCUGUGCUCAAGAGGCUAUUGUGGAACCAGAUAGAAGGGCCCCCUGUGGGCCCAAACCAGGACUGGAGAGCAGAGGCCAGAAAAAAAACCAUCUCUGACUUAACCUGAUGCAGGGAUGUGAGAAUAAAGCAUAUUUGGAGUCAGAUUUCAUGUUCACAGUGGCCCUGACCCACUUGUAAGACACCAUUUGCAAGGAUCAGCCUGCACCCUCCAUAGUGUUCCUGCCUUGGUGCUAUCUCCCCACCUGAAUCCAGGCUGGCAGUAUCUCUAAGAGGGACAAUCCCCUAACCUCUACUGUCAGGGCCAGGCUUGCCUGGGAGCCCAAUCCUCAGGGCUCCAGCUCUGCCCCUGUAAACAUGCACACACUUCCUGUGCAAUCAUCCUGGACACAGAGCUGUGCUUCCCAGUGCCUUAUCAAAGUUCAGAGAGCAAGUGAUGCCCCCCCAAAUAACAUGCCCCCAAAGGGGAAUCAGAAAAAUGAUAACAACUGAGCAGUCCAUCCACUUCUAGGAAAAAUAUAAUUGGGUCAUUUCCAAGGACCCUACUUCCCAGAGGCAAGGAGUGGCCAUUGACUUUGUGACCCUAAGCCCAGAGGUCCACAGUGUUUUCUCCUCUAUCAUUCCAAAAAUCUCAGAGGAAGUGGCCUUGACUUACAGAGGGGAAGACUGUAGGACCCAGAGGGACUCUCUUAGGUGGUCUCUAGAAUCUUAGAAUGGGAAAGGUUUAUGUUUUAGGUGGGUCCCAAGUAGUUCAAAAUGAGGGACUUUCGUCUUAGGUGGGAGCCCAGUGACUUAGAGCAAGGAGUAUGUCUAAGGUGAGUCCCCAGUAGCUAAGAGUGGGGGACUUGUACCAGGUGUGUCUGCAGUAUUCAAGACGGUGGCCUGUGUCUUACAUGCUUCAGAUGGAGACAGGGUCCAGGCUCUUGGUGGUAGUGAACACAGAAUUUAAUGGACCACACAAAGAUAAGUGAAGCAAGCAAGAGAAAGUUUCUGGCAUCAUAACUGAUAAAUCCCCUGAGAAACAGGAGAAAGUCUAAAACCAGGAACACCCAUUAAAGCCGAUAUUGGCCAUCAAAAUAUCCAGGGAAGUAAGUGGAAAAACUAACAAUCAGGGUCCACUUAAUUAGGGAGAGUCCAACACCUGAAAUGGCCCCACACCUUUCUGCAGCUGAAGUGGUCAGGCAAAAAGACAGGAAAAACCUAAGCCAGUUAAAGGGGAAUGCCAUGA